AUGUGGAAGCCACCGGUCAACUACCUAACCUUGCAUUAUGCCUGGAUUAUUUUCAUGGGCCUGCUGAGCCUGGUGAUCAUCUAUCCAUACGGGAAUUUGAAAGCGAUCGAUGCGUAUUUCUUUGGCGCCAGUGCCUCGACCGAAUCCGGACUCAACACUGUCGAUGUCAAAGAGUUGAAGACCUACCAACAAGUCUACAUCUACCUGAUUCCGAUUUUCACAAAUCUCGGCUUCAUCAACAUCCUUGUCGUCGUGUUCCGAGUUCGAUGGUUCGAGAAGCACCUCAAAGAAGUUGCACCGAGAUACCUGAGACCGGAACCUCCCAUCGAAGGAGAUACUGAAGCACAAGGCAACGGAAUAACAAGUGUCUCUAUUGACCCAAAGCGUGUGGCGACAGACGCCGAGGGUACGGGAUCUUCGAUAAGCGUGAAUGAUGAAGCAGGCACCAGAGAGUCCAAGAUCAGUCCGAUCAGGACUCCAGCCAUUCAAUUUGCAGAGGACAGCCGCCCAUCAGCGAAUAAGGAUAAAGCGCUGUACAUUCCACCUCCCUGGAGGCGCGACAGAGGAACCUCAUUCUCUGAAGUUGACGAGAAAUAUGAUACUGAAGAUGACAAUGGCAAAGAGGAAACCGAAAGGGACCUUAAACGUCAAAAGUCCACCAGGAGUAUGGCUUCCCGUUCCCGAACUCGGACAGUCGAGCGCGCCGUCUCAUCCAUUUUUGUGUUGGGAAAUGCUCCUGCUCCUACCCAGGGAAGUGAGCGGCGGACACAGAUUGAACAGAGAACGUUUGAUCUGCCAAAUAUAUCAUCUCAGGCAACAAUCGGUCGCAACUCCCAAUUUUAUAACUUGACAGCAGAGGAUAAGGCGCGACUUGGCGGUAUUGAGUACCGAAGUCUGAAGUUACUUCUUAAAAUUGUGACCGGUUACUUCUUCGGUCUACACUUGUUUGGUGCAAUCUGUCUUGUUGGGUGGAUUUUGCACUGCGAUCCCAAGUAUCGCGCGUACCUUGCCGAUUGCGGGCAAGGCAAUGUGUGGUGGGGCUUCUACUCUGCCCAAAGUAUGGUGAACAACCUGGGCUUUACUCUGACGCCCGAUUCGAUGGUCACUUUCCGGGAUGCGACCUUUCCGAUGCUUCUGAUGAGCUUUCUCGCUUUUGCGGGAAAUACCUGCUACCCUUGUCUCCUCCGGUUCAUCAUUUGGACCAUGUACAAGCUCAGUCCCGAAAACUCAUCUAUGAAAGAGCCUCUGAGCUUUCUUCUCGACCACCCACGUCGGUGCUACACGCUUCUGUUCCCGAGUCGGCCUACCUGGAUUCUCUUUGGGAUUUUGUUUGCCAUGAACUUUACCGAUGUACUUCUGAUAAUUGUCUUGGACUUGCACAAUCCGGCAGUCAAUGCACUUGCGCCUGGCCCUCGCAUUGUCGCUGCUAUUUUCCAGGCUGCAAACGCUCGUCACACCGGAGGAGCGACAUUCAACUUGGCCGAUGUCAAUCCGGCUGUUCAAUUCAGCUUGCUUGUUAUGAUGUACAUCGCGAUCUUCCCCAUUGCGAUCAGUAUCCGUGCAUCGAACGUUUACGAGGAAAACUCUCUCGGCAUCUACGAGAGCUCCUCAGAUCCUGAUGAAAGCAAUGGCAAGUCCUAUAUCAUGAAGCAUAUCCAGAACCAACUCAGCUUCGACCUUUGGUAUAUCUUCCUUGGCGUCUUUUGCAUUUCCAUUGCAGAGUCGGGCAAGAUUGCGGACAACUCCAUUCCAGCGUUCUCCAUUUUCUCGGUGCUAUUUGAAGUUACAUCGGCGUAUGCAAAUGUCGGACUCAGCUUGGGAUACCCCACAGCCAGCACGUCUCUCUCUGGACAGUUUACGAUUUUCAGUAAAUUGGUGAUUUGCUUUAUGAUGAUUCGUGGGCGUCAUCGUGGACUACCCUACAAGCUGGACCGUGCCGUUGUUCUUCCCAGCGAACGUGACGACGAGGGCUAUCAAACGACGAAUCGAUCCCGGGCUUACUAUGACUGA